UCUCAAUCGGCCGUGGCUGAUCACUUCGAAGUAAUUUUGACCUUUUUUGACAUCUGAAUAUGAUGCUGAUUCGUCUGGUGUAUGUUUGAUGUCUGACAUACAUUUUGACAACUGUUGACUUGACCUCUACCCAUGAAAUCGCUUGGUACAUAAACAUACCACCAAACAACAUGGCGGGAGACGGUUACGAGCUUUCUAUACAGGACCCCGACACUCCUCAGUCAUCUACUGAAAAACCCUCUAAACUUGUCAUAGGUAUUGCUGCAUUAUUCCUGUUGGUUGGAAUUGCCGUUUUGAUUGCAGGAGUCGUCAUGUUAGGCAAAAAAUCUUCGGAGGCGCCUUGUACAGUUUGGGACGCUGAUAAGACCGACCAAAGUUGCAUGUUCUCUGAUGAAGCUGAGCGCGUGGACUUGCAAGGGUUUUUGUCUCGUCUGAAAGACGCUUACUUUGAGUACUCUCCUCAUUUAGUGGCAUGGAAGCCAGACCUUGUUGGCAAAGAGCUGACUGAAUAUGUCAAGCAAAGCUACCAACCAUACGAUCCACACCCAGAUAAACUGAAAGCAAAAACCGACAAAUCCCUUGCCUUACUUAAAGAAAUCACCGAUUUGAAGAUGAACAAAGAUUUAAUGACACCGAGAGAAAACAAGGCUAUCGCUCAGGCAAUACAUUUUCUUCAGCACUGUUUCGAUGUCCCGUAUGACGAGAACUUCUAUAAUGGUGAUUGGAUGCUUGGACCAAACUAUUUCUGUUGGCAACCAAUAUGCCAGAUUCAUCACUCGCUUAACGCAUACGGUACAUCGGCUGCGCCGCAUACCUUCGAUGACGUCAAACGUGUCAUAGAGACCAUCCGUAACCAUAGCAACAUUUUUUCUCGCUACAGGCAAAACAUGGAACUUGGCGUCAAAGCAGGAAUGGUUCGAUCUGCAACAGACUGUCAAUCAAGCGUAUAUGCGUUUAAAAAUAACUACGGCAAGCUGGCUAUAAAAAACGAGUCGUCUGCUGUUUUAGACGAAGAGUACGUCCAAGUAUUCCUUGAGCCACGUUUUCUGGUUGAGCUAAAUAAAGGUGUUUCAGAGCAGUGGGAGAAGGAUAAAGGGAGGAGUAUCCAAGAUUCCUUGCGGUCAGCACUGAUUGAAGGGUUUGGCAAACCUCUCCUUGAAUUAAUAGCGUAUCUCGAGUUCAAACAUAUAAGGCAUUGCCCGCCAGACAGUGUAGCCAGCGGUCUGAGUGAUCUUCCUUUGGAUUACGUGUACGUAGAUGGUGACCCGGAUGUGAAUCAGAAGACUACAAAAACCCUACCGGGUACUGGUAAACGGCUCGAUGGCAAGGAAACCUAUCGUGUGAUUAUGUCGUAUUUUACUACUUCUGAUAUCACACCUGAACAAGUCUACAAAGAAGGUUUGAAACAACUGAACAUUUUUAUGCCACAAGUCAUAGACAUAGCCAAACAAAUCACUAAAAACCCAAAUGAGACCGAUGCAAUUGAGGAGUUUCAAAAAACUCUCAACGAUCGCCCACAGUGGCACAACAAGGAACAGUUUCCUGAAAACGAGAGUAAUUCCGACGCGUACAAGAAAUGUAUUGAUGCUCAAUCAGCUCAGAAAUACUGUCCAAAGCGCUGGGCUGCCGUGCAAGAUUGGGGGAGAUACAUUGAAUUUGUGAUGUCACAUAUUUCACCAAAACUCGCCAACUUGUUUUAUUUUGCUGGAGCCAAAAGAACAACGGGAAAUUGCCCAAUAGAAAUGCAGCCACACUACAACCCGUCAAACGGCGCCAUGUACUUCCAACCCAGUGACUCGGAAUGUAGUCAACCGAGCUAUUUUGGUUUACCAUUCUUCUUAAAAGAAUAUGGACCAAAGUUUCAAGAGUGGUCCGUGACAGGUCAUGAAGCUCGACCUGGACAUCAUACACAGAUGCAAGGAUCAUUAGAAAAUUUUCGAGGUUCGUGCAAAGGCCUUCCUGAAUGGCUCGAUAAACAAACCUACUACAUUGCCUUCCAAGAAGGAUGGGCGCUAUAUGGCGAAAACCCCAUAUUAUCACACGAUACAGACUUGUAUAAAAGUAACUUAUUACAGAAAUAUGGUAUGCUAAAAUGGCAGGUGUGGCGAGCUGUACGUCUAGUGGUCGAUACGGGCUUACACUAUCGAAGUAUGAAAAGGUCUGAAGCACUAGAAUACUUUGCCAACUAUACAUGGGACACGACCGACUUCGCGGUGAAGGAAGUCACUCGAUAUCAAAGUGAUCCUGGACAAGCCACAGCCUAUAUGCUUGGGAGACUGGAACUUAUCAAAUUGCGUAAUAUGACUGAGAAAGAACUGGGUUCCAAAUUUGACCUGAAAGAGUUUCACUACCAGGUGCUAUCCCAGGGUUCUUCGCCAAUAACAUACUUGCAAGAACACAUAGAGCGUUACAUUGGAUGCGUCAAAGCGACGAAAAAAAGCAAAAUUUGUCAGUUGAUUCUCAAUCCUCCUCCUAAAAAAGUGGACGAUAAAACUUUGGGCACUGGGAAUCGAUUGUUAAAGAACUCUCCGCGAAAUAUGCAUUGGAAGAGAUAUCCUUAGCAGUAGAAUAUUUGUUCCUUGGUUCUUUGUGAUAAUAUAAACCAAUAUCUUGGGCUCUGUGAAGUAAUGUAAGAUUAGGUCGCGUAGCUAUCUGCCAAAGGUAAUAUCAGAUGCGUUUUGUUCCUCGUCCUAAAAGGAAUUGCGAAUGACAGAAGUAAAAUUGUCAUGGAAUGCAUGCUUUUAUUUCUUUUAUUUACUCGAGAAGCAGCUCAUGUCGAUUUCAAAUAGAAUACUACUGUGGAGCCUCGUUAAUCCGGACACAGACCAGACAAAGAAAAGUGGUCGCAUUAACUGGGUAGAAACGUAUAUGAGUUUAGUUCGUCGGGACCUAAAAAAAGUGCCCUUCAGACGACGUUGUACGUCGAAAUAAACCCCUCUCAUGCUGGGGACAAAAUAGAACCCCACCAUUGUUCUGUGGCUCAUAAGAUGGAAAUGCUUUUAUAUUGACUUCCAGGCGUCUGUAUUAACUGGGAGUAUAAAAAUCCUCUUUAAAGAGCGAGACACUUCGUAUAAAUAAACUUUAAUAAUUCAGUAUUGUUUUAAAAUAAAUACAUGACGUCUUUUGGGAA